CGCUGCCUCCUCCUCUCAUCACUCCCAACCUCCUCGACGCCGUCGUCUCUACCCUCCUCCUCUCCCACACGGAACCAACCAACUCUCCGACGAAUCAAUAACACCCACCCGAGAGAGUCGUCCCCUCCACUACGGGAAGAUGGGAUCCGAGGCGGAAGCGGCGGAGCUGACCGGGCCCCUCCUCGCCGGCGGCAGCGGCGACGCGCCGGCGGGGGAGGAGGUGGUGCCGCCGUGGCGGGAGCAGCUGACGGUGCGCGGGAUAGUGGUGAGCGCCAUCCUCGGGGUGCUAUUCUGCCUCAUCACGCACAAGCUCAACCUCACCGUGGGGAUCAUCCCCUCCCUCAACGUCGCCGCGGGCCUGCUCGGCUACUUCCUCGUGCGCACCUGGACGGCCGCGCUCGCCAGGUUCGGGAUCGUCUCCAAGCCCUUCACCAAGCAGGAGAACACCGUCAUCCAGACCUGCGUCGUCGCGUGCUACGGCAUCGCCUUCAGCGGUGGCUUUGGAUCGUAUAUGCUUGCAAUGGAUCAAAAAACUUAUGAGCUUAUUGGGACCGAUUAUCCUGGUAACAGGGCAGAGGAUGUUAAGAAUCCUUCGCUCAGUUGGAUGAUCGGCUUCAUGUUUGUUGUUAGCUUCCUCGGUCUAUUUAGUCUUGUUGCGCUGCGCAAGGUGAUGGUAAUUGAUUACAAGCUCACCUAUCCCAGUGGAACUGCUACCGCUAUGUUGAUAAAUAGCUUCCACACUACUACAGGAGCUGAGCUUGCAGAGAAACAAGUUAGCUGUCUUGGGAAGUAUUUAAGCAUUAGUUUUAUCUGGAACUUGUUUAAGUGGUUCUUCAGUGGUGUUGGGGAUUCUUGUGGCUUUGAUAAUUUCCCUUCUCUGGGGCUUGCAGCUUUUAAGAACACGUUUUAUUUUGACUUCAGCCCAACCUAUAUUGGAUGUGGUCUUAUAUGCCCACACAUUGUUAACUGCUCUACACUUCUUGGAGCCAUUAUAUCUUGGGGUUUUCUUUGGCCAUAUGUAACCACGAAAGCUGGGGACUGGUAUCCAGCUGAUCUUGGAAGCAACGAUUUCAAAGGACUCUAUGGAUACAAGGUUUUCAUAUCUGUAUCCGUGAUACUUGGUGAUGGUAUCUAUAACCUCAUUAAGAUCAUUUAUGCUACUAUCAAGGAAAUAAUGAAUGCUCGAUCAAAACAAGGAAGACUUCCUCUUGUCCGGGUUCAGGAUGAUGAUGAAAGUUCAAAAUUAUCAACCGAGGAAAAACUUCUGAAUGAUAUAUUUGUAAAAGACAGUAUCCCUCCCUGGUUGGCAGGAUCUGGUUAUGUGGGCCUUGCAGCAAUAUCAACUGCGACUGUACCAAUGCUGUUCCCACAGCUCAAGUGGUACCUUGUCCUCUCUGCUUAUGUUGUUGCUCCCCUACUCGCCUUCUGCAACUCUUAUGGGACUGGCCUGACAGACUGGAGCCUUUCAUCCACAUAUGGAAAGAUUGGCCUUUUCAUUUUUGCCUCAUGGGUUGGCCAGCAUGGUGGUGUGAUCGCCGGCUUAGCAGCUUGCGGUGUUAUGAUGUCCAUCGUAUCCACGGCUGCUGAUCUCAUGCAGGACUUCAAGACUGGUUACCUGACCCUCUCUUCACCAAGGUCCAUGUUUGUGUCUCAGUUGAUUGGGACUGCCCUUGGCUGUGUAAUUGCUCCUCUCACAUUUUGGCUUUACUGGACGGCCUUCGAUAUUGGCAAUCCUGAUGGCAUGUUCAAAGCUCCAUAUGCAGUCAUCUUCCGUGAGAUGUCAAUCCUGGGUGUUGAAGGAUUCUCAGCACUGCCCCAGCACUGCCUAGCAAUCUGCACUUUCUUCUUUUUUGCAGCCAUAGCAAUCAACCUCCUGAAGGAUGUUACUCCAGACAGCGUGUCCAAAUUCGUCCCACUCCCAAUGGCCAUGGCUAUUCCCUUCUACAUCGGAGCAUAUUUUGCGAUCGACAUGUUCAUUGGGACCGUCAUCUUGUUUGUCUGGGAGAGGGUGAACCGCAAGGAGUCUGAGGACUUUGCAGGCGCGGUUGCUUCUGGUUUGAUCUGUGGUGACGGAAUUUGGAGUGUCCCUUCUGCGAUACUGUCCCUCAUGAGGAUCGACCCACCGAUGUGCAUGUACUUCAAGCCAUCUGUUGCAUACGGCUUAAUAUAGAGCGAGAUUGCUCAUUUUAUUAGGAUGGCAUAAAUAGAAAAGAAUUACGCUGUGUACAUAUUUUACACAAUUGUAAAUUACACUGCCGCAAAACAGCAGCAGUUAUUUUCAUUGUGUUAAUAUAUAUCUUAUUCUCCUC